AUGGCGGGCCGAAGCUCCUCAAGCUCGCGACGCGUGCCAGUCCAAGUGACUGCCACUCUCAAAUCUCUGCAGCGCGAGUACGGCUCGCUGUACAACAUCGUGCGCCUCUCCAUCCGCACGGACCUCCCAGACAUGCCGCCAUCCGGUCUCUUUGACGAGCCUGAGGACCCCGCUGCCGGGUCACUCGCAGCACAAGCUGCAGCAGGGGGAUUGGAGGAAGGGGUUGAGGCGGCAGGACGACCGUUGGAUGCUGCGUUAGCGUACUCAUACGAUGCCCAGAGGGACUCUGCUGCUGCGCUAGGCUCAAUGCUGGAGAUACAACAGAGGGUGCAGCAACAGAUAUCAGCCAUGAGUGCUGCUGGUGCUGGGUCCGCCCUUGGACCUCACUCCACCUCCCAAACACAACCAACCGCCUCCAACCCCUCAGCACACUCCUCCCAGCCGGCAAUACCAUCCUCUACAGCCGCUACAGCUGCAGCGGCGGCGUCUGUAGCAGCAGCAGGGGGUGGCAGCAGCCCCUUCGCGAGCCUGUGGAAGAACAUGGCCUCUCAGCUCUCGCGGGCGUUUGAGACGCUGCUGCCUCCCCCCUCCGCUGACGAUGCUCCCCUGGGAGGGAGCGCUGGGGCUGGGGGGCUAGCAGCAGGAACAGCAGGGGCGGCAGGAACAGCAGGGGCGGCAGGGGCGGCAGGGGCAGCAGGGGCAGCAGGGGCAGCAGGGGCGGUAGGGCUGGUAGGGACAGAAGCAGGGGCCGUAGCAGCAGGGGGAGCGGGGUUGGUUGUAGGUGAGAGCGGUGUGGCAGCAGUGGAGGAAGCGUGGGGGGGAGACGUGCAGACUGGCAGCAGCGGUGUCAUUGAUAUCACUCCCCAAGCCCCCCUGGCAGGCGCGCAGAGCAGCCUGGUGCGGCUGGCGGGGGAGGUGCGAUCUGAGGACGCUCUUAUCUCGUCAGUCAACCGUGAAAUGGAGGAAGAGAGGCAGAGGUUGCUGGGCAAGGUGCAAAGCGUGGCACAGGAGGUGCAGCAGCGAGUGUCGGUGGGGGAUAUGGAGGCCGUGGUGGGGGCAGCAGUGGAGUCGAUGCAGUCAGAGCUGCAGGCAGCACAGCAUCGCACCCGCCAGCUCCUCAUACAAGUGGAGCUGAAGGACCGGGAGAUGAGGCUGAGGCGCGAGGAGUGGGAGAAGGAACGGUCUUCCAUGCUGGCCUCGCUACAACAGCUCGUACUCGCUAAAGGCGGAUCCGUUACCAGCAGUGUGGGCGGCAAUGCUGUUUCUCGAGCAGAAGAAGCUGAGCUGGCAACCGCCGCCCGGCUGGAGCGCGUCGCUGACGUGCUCGGGCGGGAGAUUGCCAAGUUGCGGCGCGACAAGCGGGCGCUGGAGUCGCGCGCGCAGCUGCUGACGUGGCGGCUGGAGGCGGUGCAUGCCAAGCUGGCGGCGGUGUAUGGGGAGUUGGUGGGAGUGAGGGAUGCGAUGAGUGAGGGGAGGGUGGAGGAGGGGAUGGCGAUUCUGGAAGGGGUGAUUGGGGAGGUGGGGAGGUGGACUAGUAACACAGCGAUGGAGCAGGGUGGACAGGGAGUGGGUGGAGUGAGUGAGGGAGGAGGAGGGAGAGGAGGGGGAGUGAGUGGGGAGGAGGGGAGGAGGGAAGGGGAGGUGGUGGCAGGGUGGUGGGAUGACUCUCCUCCUGGAGAGUGGGCUGAGUUUGGGAAAAGUGAGAAUGAAUCGGAGAACGGGGGUGGGUCGGAUGAGGAGAACAGGAGGGAGGAGAGGAGGAGGAGAGAGGAGCUGAUGUCUCUGGUGGCGGUGGAUGGGGAGGAGGGGGAGGCGGGUGGGGAAGGGGUGAUUGCGGUGUUCUAUGAGACCGGGUGGGAGCAGGCAUUUAUUCACCACAACGGCACGCCUUCAGGCUGGACUGCAGUCCCAGGCAUGAGGAUGAAGGACUCUACUGCCACGGGGCCCGCUGGCUUUCCUCUCAAGGUGUACUCCAUAAGAGCAUCCUCACUUGAGUUUGUGACCAACAAUGGGGCGGCUACAUGGGACAGUUCCCCGAGCGGUGGAAACUACACCAUUGAUCGCCCAGCGACGUACCUGCUCGAUAAAGGAGCGGACGUGAAUGCCAAGGAUAGGUCGGGACAGACGGCAUUGCAUUGGGCGGCAGUGCGAGGUGGCAUUGCUGUUGCUGACGUGUUGCUGCAACGUGGCGCUGACGUGGAGAUUGCAGAUUCACACGGUUACAGGACCACACACGUGGCAGCACAGUAUGGGCAGACAGCGUUCCUAUACCACAUCGUGGCCACAUGGCAGGCCUUGCCUGAUAGCACUGACAAUGACGGCCGCACGCCGCUGCACUGGGCGGCCUAUAAAGGCUUUGCAGACCCUAUCCGCCUGCUGCUCUUCUGUGAUGCCUACCUGUCUCGGCCUGACAAGGAGGGGUGCACGCCCCUGCACUGGGCAGCAAUCCGAGGCAAUCUGGAUGCGGUUACCCUAUUGGUCCAGGCUGGCAGCAAGGACGAUCUGAUUGCCACGGACUCCACUGGGAGCAUGCCAGCUCAGCUGGCGAGUGAUAAGGGCCACCGCCAUGUGGCGCUUUUUCUGUCCAAUGCGCGCAAGGUGUUUGAUGCACGGCACGACACCAAAGGGCUGGCAGGCAAGAUGGCGAGAUACGGGCUUGCACCCGCGCUCUGGGCGGUCAUCAUUGGGCUACUUAUUGGCUUCACAAACGCUGUCGUUUUCUCCACCACGCUACCAGUGAUAACAGCAACCAUGGCAGCGUGGGCGUGGGCUGUAUUCAUUUGUGCUGGCACUGGCAUGUAUUUUCUCUAUCGUUCCUCCACGCAAGAUCCAGGUUACGUACAGUCACCUCGGUUACUCAGCUCUAAGAAGGAGCAGCAAGAGGAGAUGGUACCACUACGGGUCGACUACAUGGAUCCAGUGCUACAGUCGGGCCAAUGGUCGCAGCUGUGUGUCACAUGCCGGAUCGUGAGACCUCGGCGGUCGAAGCACUGCUCCAUCUGCAACAAGUGUGUGACUCAGUUCGACCACCACUGCCCCUGGAUCUCCAAUUGUGUGGGCAAGCGCAACAAGUGGCAUUUCCUCAUGAUGCUCGUGCUUGAAAUGGCUGCCAUGAUCAUCGCCCUCUCCCUCGCCUUCGGCCGCCUGAUGAACCUGGAGGGAGCGCCAGCAGCAGGGGCGGGGUGGUUGGGCUACGUGGCAAUGCACCACACAGGGGCGCUGCUGUUCAUACUCGCGGAUGGCUUCAUGCUGCUGUCCGUGCUGGGACUUGUUGUGUCACAGGGCUCUCAGGUGGCUCAGAACAUCACGACCAACGAAAUGGCCAACGCCCAUCGCUACGCCUACCUGAGAGGCCCUGACGCUGAGAGCUCUUCUAUUUUUGGGGGUGCUGCUCCCAGUGGUGCUGCUGUUACUACUGGCAUAGCGGGGCAUGCGGGGCGGGGGCAGAGAGCAUCAGCAGGGCCUGUGGGGCUGGGGGGCAUGGGGCUGGGUGCUAGAGUUGCGAGAGUGACUGCAAGAGAAUAG